ACACGCAUUGUUGAGUCAGGGGCCGAGCGGUGGGGGAGGGCGGGCGCGCGCCGCUGCGACAGCGGGGUCGUCACAGAAACCGUCGGGCGGGAGGGGACCCGCGGCAGAGAGCUCCGCGUCCCCGCUCCUCUGCGGGCUCGGCCGGUAGGGCGCGGCCGCCCCCCUCCCCUCCGCUCCCUUCCCCCUCCUCCUCAGUGGUCGCGCCCGGCUCCAGCUGACCGGCCUGGAAUCCCGGCUGGGAGCCCCGCGCCCCCCCCGCUCGCCGCUGCCGCCGCCCUGCGCACCGGCCCCACCAUGGGAGACGCCGGCAGCGAGCGCAGCAAGGCGCCCAGCCUGCCACCGCGCUGCCCCUGCGGCUUCUGGGGGUCCAGCAAGACUAUGAAUCUCUGUUCCAAAUGCUUUGCUGAAAAAAGAAAUCCGCACAACGAAAAAGAUUUCCAGAAGAAGCAGCCAGACGACGACUCUACUCCCAGCACAAGCAACAGCCAGUCAGAUUUGUUCUCUGGAGAAACGAACAGUGGCAACAGCAAUACCUCUCUAACCAUGCAGGCCACUAACUCCAGCCAGCAACUUUUGACAGAACUGAAUGUAACUUCACCGAGCAAAGACGAAUGUGGGCCAUGCACAGGUACAGCUCAUGCCUCAUUAACCACACCAACCAAAAGAUCUUGCGACUCAGAUUCACAGUCGGAGAGUGAGGCUUCUCCUGUGAAGCGGCCACGGCUACUGGAUGGCAGUAACGACAGGCCUGAAGAAACCAGUCGAUCCAAACAGAAGAGUAGACGCCGAUGCUUCCAGUGCCAAACAAAACUGGAGCUAGUACAGCAGGAACUGGGAUCAUGUCGUUGUGGUUAUGUGUUCUGUAUGUUACAUCGCCUGCCUGAACAACAUGACUGCACAUUUGACCACAUGGGACGUGGGCGUGAGGAAGCCAUUAUGAAAAUGGUGAAACUGGAUCGGAAAGUAGGGAGAUCUUGCCAACGCAUUGGUGAAGGAUGUUCCUGAGUGCAAGACUGCAACCAAAUGCUGUUCUCUUAGUUCACUAAUGUUAGCCUUAUUUAGGACAAAGUCAGCCAGACACCUUGUACUAGGCAAGUUUCAGACUACAGCCAAUCAGUUUCCUUUCUUUAGUCAACCGUCCUGGUACUGUAGUUUAGGGGUUGAUGGUGGUUGAAGUUGAUUUCUGGCUGGUUACUAAGGUGCCUGCUAGCCACAGUAUAAAAAUAAAACAUGAAGAAAUAUUAUUUUUGAGCAUGGCUAGUGGAUUUAAACAAAACAAGAAAAAUCCAAAGGCUUCUGUUAUUGCUGGAGUCACUCUAAAAGCCUUAUGCUGGAAACAUUCCAGCUGCAGAGUUAAAACAAUUAGUUGUACAGAAGCUGGUGUAAAAGUUUGCUAUGCACAUGGCUUUCAGACAAACUGUUUAAUGUGCAGCCUUUCACCUCUUCACUGCUAGUGAAUCCUGAGGAGGUGAAAUACUACUAAGAGCAGCAACUGCAGCUGCUUAAGCCCAGAAGACCUGACUGGUCACUCGUGCCUUCAUCGCGUGUGGCUUUUGAAUUAGGCAGUGUCACCAGCAUCAGGGAUUCUGUUGGGGUAGGAACAUCUUUCUGGUUCUUCCCAGGAAGCCAAAAAGAAAGGGGGACAGAGAUUCUUAUGAAAAAUUUUUAUAUCUAUCUUACUAUAAAGAACCUAUCAGGGUUUGGUUUUGUUUGGUUUUUUUCUUUCUUCUCAGUUAAAUUAUGAUGUCACUUUAAAGACAACUCCAUCCCAGAGCAGUAAAUGGUGCAUACUUUUUACAUGGCAUCCACAGAGAUUCUGUGAGUUGUGUGAACAGAUUCCACCUACCUUGAGCAGUGCAGCCAUUCCCACCGGCCGAAACCUGAUUGGCUCUUGUUUGCCUUUUGCUAAGUGCAGGUAUCUGAUAAUUGAUCAAAUAAGGCUAAUUCACAGCACAGUAGCCAUGGCUGGAUUCUACAGACUGACUUUCUGUAGCUAGACUUAUAUAUUGGGGGGGGGGAAAGGACAUUUUGUAGCAAACGGAAUUUGGUAACAGUAUUGGGGAACCAACCGGUAAAACACCCUUUAUCAGAUUGAGUUUGUGUUCCUCACUUCCAGAGUGUCAAUGAGAUAAUCAAAUGGGCUAUGUCAGCCCUUUUUCUAUGCAGCUGAACACUCUCAUGAAAAUCUCUGCCCGCAUCUAUUGCAAAGCAAGUAUAGCAAGUGAAUGUGAAAAGCAUUACAUGGAGUAGAAUGUUUCAGAUGUGUUUAGACCUAUGGUUCUGUAUUAUGGUAUGUCAUGUUGAGCUGAGCUGAAUUGCACCAGUCUUGUCAGUUUGGAAACAAAAAAGCAAACUUACUUAAUAAUCGGCAUGUCUCCUGCUGCACACAGGGUUUAUGCAGGUAAAAAGGAUUUGUACCGAUGGGGCCCAGCUUAAUCCUGAGUGAAUUUAGCUUCUCAGUCUAUUAGUAAGGUAUUAACAAUCGGGUAAAUUUGUAAGAAAACCUGAGGGAGGGAAAGAUUUUUGUCUCGUCUUCAAAUACUGGGCAGAUAUAAAACAUCAGAGGGGUGAAGUAACGUGUCACUUGAAAAACCCCAGCGUUUUGGGAGUAAGUUUGUACGAGUCAUCCUCCAUUCUACUUGUUACAGGUAACUAACUCCUUAUAGGCCAAAUUAUAUUGCUACUUUGGUAGCCAGUUAGGAGCAUUUAACAAGGAGACAACUAAUUUAAAAAAAAGAGAAGAAUAUAUAUGUCUCUUCACACACACACUCAGCAUCUGACUGUAUUAGUAUUAAUUAACCAUGAAGCAAAUCAGAAGUGUCCCAUCAUUAUAAAAUGCAAGCUAUACAAAAGGCAAGCUGGUUUUUUUAUUAUUGUUAUUGUUCAAGAACUUGAAACCAGCAGCAAAAUCUUCUGUAAUGAUGUGCUGCAUUUUCAGGAACUGGUCCUGGUGAGAGGGACUAUCCAAGGGUAUUAUUUACAUUUGCCAUGAGGAGUUUAAAAAAACAUGGAUUUUGGCGGCUGCUGUGAUACACACUUUCUUUUCCUACAAAAUCCUACCAUAGCAUUUGAUGGGCAUUCUGAUUGAUACGCAAGACUUUUCUGCAUUAAUACUGAAGAUGCUAUUUUGUUCCUCAAUAUUCUCUUUAAUCUCAUUACAAGUGCACAGAUGGUUUCAAGGUGGCUCUUGAGAGAACACUACUUAAAGUUCAUGUGAAUUAUGGACAAUGUUCACUUUAAACAAGAAGUUGGGGAGGGGGUUGUUCCUUUGCAGUACCUGUUCUGUGAAGUUUGUUAAACGUAAAGCAAGCUUAAGUUCUUGUAUCUUAAAAGAAGAUCUUAUUUAACCCUUUUGUGUUCUAGAUUUACUUACACAUGUAGCCUAGAGCUCAGUUUUAGUUUAACAUUGUGAAAAUAUUAAAAGAAUCUUGUAACUUUAUUCUUUUUCCUCCUGCUAAAAAAAAAUUAAAUCAAUCAGAUUAAAGUUCGAAUUCCUUUCUGCCUA